CAGAUUUUUGGCGGAAAUGAACAGCUGUUUUUGUCUGGGAUGAACCAUGACUUGAUUUUCUGAACUGUGUCUGUGAUGGGAUGUUAUGGAGGGAGUUACCGUGUGACGCCAUAUUCGGGUCCAGGGAGCGCGGCCCCGGAAUUUUCUGGCCCUCUUCAGAAGAGGUCUUGUCGUGACGUGGUAUGUUUGUUGGUGUUCUUGUUUGCCCUGGGGGGUGCGGGCUAUGGAGGGUACUUGGCCGUCAGCCUGGGGGACCAGGACAGACUUGUUUACGGUGUGGAUAGCUGGGGGAACGUCUGUGGAAAACGUAACAAGGAAAUAGAGGGUGUGCCAAGAUCAGGAAAGGACUGCACAAAUCUGAGGAAUCUGUUUUUCUACGAUAAGUCAAUAUUUGCCAAUUACGUGCCCGGUGAUUAUAUAACUGUGGAUACAACAGCACUUUGUGUUAAAACAUGUCCGACUUACCCGAUAAGCAGUGUGACAGAACUACAGGGUUUCUACAACAACACAGGUUCCAGUUUGUGCUGGUAUGACGUGCCACGUGAGGCCUAUUUUGACGGGAACUCCAAUGGACGCGACAGAUGCCCCAGAUUGCCGAUAGAAACCCACGAGUCCAUUCUAUUCCGUUGUAUACCAAAGUCUUUCAACCAACCUUUUGAGAUUUUGACAAGUGCCAUCAACGACAUCCUCAACAAAAUCGAUCCAAACUUUGCCGAGAAAUGUGUAUCCGAUCUGAAGAAAACAUGGCGAGAAAUUUGCUACUUAUCUGCGACAGCAUUGGGUGUAUCGCUGGCUAUCGUGAUUCUCCUGCGAUUUAUCGCUGGUAUCGUGAUCUGGUUGAUGGUCAUUUUACUUGGACUCGGCAGUGUUGUUGGGACAGCCCUUUGUUGGUAUCAUUACUACGAGCUACAGGGAAGUCCACAACAUACAGAGGAGGCAGAGAAAUGGUUGAUUGGUUCUAUUUCCGGUACCGUUGUCAUGGUGAUUGUGUUGUUGAUCCUGUUGGUGAUGAGGAAGAGGAUUGCUCUGGUUGUCCAAUUAUUUAAGGAGGCGAGUCACGCGGUCUCAAGUAUUCCAUUUUUGUUGAUUCAACCGCUCUGGACAUUAACCAUAUUCCUGGGAAUAGUCACUCUUUUCUCCUAUAUCUUCCUCGGAAUGGAAUCCGCUGGUCACCCUAGCAUAUCAAACACCACAGGAUAUGUGUCCUUUAAAGAAGAUGAAACAGUAAAAGUUCUGAAAUGGUACCACGUGUUUGCUGGUAUCUGGACUAUACAGUUUGUAUUUGCCUGUGAGAAAAUCAUCAUGGCUGGUGCUGUGGCUGUAUGGUACUUUCAAAGGGACUCCGGAAUGCCAUCCUUCCCAAUUCUGUUGUCAAUCAAACAACUCAUCAGAUACCACCUUGGAUCCGCCGCUUUUGGAUCAUUCAUCAUCACUCUUCUAGUUUUCGUCAACUGGAUAUUGGCUUUCAUACAUAAAAAGGUGAAGAACAGUACCGGAUCAGUGGGAGAUUUUCUGAUGAAAUGUUUCCGCUGCUGCUUCUGGUGUUUUGAGAAAGCCAUUAAAUUCAUCAACAGUAACGCCUACAUCGAGAUAGCCAUUCUAGGAGAGAGUUUCUGUCACAGUGCCCAACGCGCCCUUAAGAUCAUUGUCUCCAACUCCCUACGAUUGGCCGCCAUCAAUUCUGUUGGCAACUUUACUUUGUUUCUAGGAAAGGCGGGAACUGUUGCUAUAGUAGCGGUCAUUGGCAUGGAGAUUUUGGCGUUGAGAUCUGACGUCAUUUAUCCAUGGUUACCUAUCACACUCUCCUGCCUUAUAGCCUUUGUCAUCGCCAACUGUUUGAUUGGAGUAUAUGAGUUAUGUAUCGAUACGAUCUUUGUCUGCUUCUGCGAGGACUGCGAGAGAAAUGACGGCGGAGAGAGACCGUACCACAUGUCCACUGGUCUGCUGAAAUUCGUCACUGGUUCACAUGGUGAAAAGACUAAGCAUAUACCAGAACAUCCUCCAAAAUGAUGUCAAAGCCAAGCCAUUUCACUAAUACAGCGGAACAGGUGCUUGUUUUCAUGGAAAAUGGAAACACGAUUCAGUUUUUCCUCAUGAAGCAAUAUCUGGAGCCAGCGAUUUUAUUAAACGCCUUACAGUUCAUUGUUUGGUGGGUGGUUUGUAGGGAAUGAGUUAGCAGGUCUAGAGAGUGAUAUCUUGUUUAUAUCUCAAAGUUUCAUCCAUUCUCCUAUGAAACUGCUCGCAAUGAAUGCUGUGAUAUAUAAUGCUUUGUCAACAUUCAGGGGUCGUCAACAGGAUGUCAUUUGAACCUAUAUGUUUUAUAUAUUUUAUUU